CAACUUUUCUAAGUUUUAUAAAAGAUUAUGUUUCAAAUAAGCUGCUGCAAAAAAUAAGAUAAUAUAGCCUAACAUUUUGGUGAUAUUAGCGGAUCGAAGCAAUGGAUAUAAUUUAAAUAUAUCAAAGCUUGUCUGGAAAAUGUGGGAUAUCCAAAAAAUGGAUCUGCAGCAAUUUCAAUUUUGUUCAUCAAACGAUUUAAUAAUUUUUUUAAUUUUGUCUAUUUUUCUUUUUAUCUUAUAUCAGUUAACCCUACAGCAACAAGAUAAGAUUAAUUAUGUAAAUAAUAUAUUGGGCAACCUCUCACCCUAUAAUAUUAUAAACUUCAAGAUAUGACACACUCAGAAAAGCAAGCAGAGCAAUUAGGUCCUGUAUUGGAAGGGCCAGGUGCUAAAAGAACAACACAAAUGAUACAAAACUUAUUAAAUCAACAAAAACAAUAUUUGAUUAAUAAAAAUAAUGAAAAAAUAUCUCAAGAAACUGCAGAAAUAAAUGAUGCUGGUUCAAUUGCUCUAAAAACUCUGGCUAAACCAAAACCUCUCCCACUAUUUGCCACUAGCAAAAUCAAAGUUUUGGAAAAGUUGGGAGAGGCCCAGAUAGAAAUGAUCAAUAAAUCUAAAAGGUACUCAUCCGAACAAAACGUUAAAACGGCUCUUUUAAAGCAGAAUGCCUCUUCUCAGCAACAAAACCAAUUGGUGUUUCAUAAAAAUCACAUACAAAGACAGCAAGCUCUGGCGUUGAUGUGCAGGAUAUACAUAGGCAGCAUAAAUUUUGAGGUGAAAGAAGAAACGAUCAAAACAGCCUUCCUCCCUUUCGGCCCUAUCCGUAGCAUAAGCAUGAGCUACGACCCAUUGACUCAGAGACACAAAGGGUUCGCCUUCCUGGAAUACGAAACACCCGAGGCAGGAGAAUUGGCCGUAUUACAGAUGACCGGAGUGCUGAUGGGCGGUAGAAAUAUUAAGGUAGGAAGGCCGAGUAAUAUGCCACAAGCGCAACCUAUUAUCGAAGAAAUAAAGGAGGAAGGCAAAAAUUUCAAUAGACUCUACGUGGCCUCCAUCCAUACCGAUUUGAAUAGUGAUGAUAUCAAAAGUGUAUUUGAAGCCUUUGGAACGAUAAAAUGUUGCAAAUUAGCCCCCAUACCUAUGACGACUAAACACAAGGGUUAUGGUUACAUUGAAUAUGAGACAAAACAAGCUUGCGAAGAUGCAAUAACAUCCAUGAAUCUUUUCGAUUUGGGUGGCCAAUUUCUGAGAGUUGGCAAGGCUGUCACUCCUCCUUCCAGCGUGUCCCCAUUAUCUAUUGGCGUUUUACCGCCUUCUUUAUCUCCCAGUGCCCUCUUGUUUGGUACCGGAUUCGGUACGCCCGAUUUUGCCGUAUCCGAAUCACUUGGCGCGGAAACCGAAGAAAGUUCUAACAAGACUCCAGAAUUGAAUUCCGCUAAAAAUGAUCAAGUAACGGCCCAAGAGGGUAAAAUCGUUAAAGGAAUCGUCAUACCUAGUCUCAUGAGCAUAAAUUUACCUCCACCACCUCCACUCCUUCCUUUAGAGUUAACUAAUGCUAUUCUGUCAAAUAAUGCUCACUUAUCUCAAAUGACUAAUCUAACAAACGGUAUUUUUAAUUCGACCAACUUGAAAAUACCCAAUAUUUCCAACUCGAUUUCUGAUAAAAUUAUUCAGGAUGCCAAAUCUAAAAAGUCCUUCGAUGAAUCCCAAGAUCUUUUGGAGAUUAACAAAAAAAGACAAAAGUUGGACGAUUCAGAAGAUGUAAUCAUAAGCGGGCGUAAGGCAAGGCAUAUGGUUAUGCAAAAACUCAUGAAAAAAACAGAGUCGAAAGUUUUAGUACUCAAAAAUAUGGUGGGCCCGGAAGAUAUAGAUUCAUUACUGGAAGGAGAAGUAACGGAGGAAUGUAGUAAAUACGGAAAGGUUACUAAAGUGCUUAUCCAUCAAGAGAUCGAUGAGUACGGAGUUUCGGAUCCUGAAACCGGCGAGUCAGAUAUAAUCGUCAAAAUAUUUGUCGAAUUUUUGGCUCACGAAGACGUUUUAAGAGCGAAGGAAGCCUUGAAUGGGCGUUAUUUUGGCGGACGAAGUGUAGUGGCGGAAGCGUACGAUCAGAUAGCUUAUAAUGACAACGAUUUAUCCCUGUAGCACACAACUACCUUAAAACAAAAUAAUAAUUAUCGAUUGUGUUUAAGAUGUACAUAAUUAAUAUGGUAUUAUAGAUAUAGUGUAAUAAGUCGCAAAAUAGCGAUUAUUGUAUGGAUAUAAUUGAAAUGGGUUUUAUUUUAAUAAAGAUAUUUAUAUAUAUAC